AUGGUUGCAAUGAUUAAUGGCAACGAGAAGGGCAUGGCCGACAUUUGUGAGUCACCAAGUGCCCAAUUUAAAGGGCCAUGUUUGUAUGAUCGUGAUUGCAGGAUAAUAUGCAGCACUGAAGGCUUCCCCGAUGGUCAUUGUAAAGGCUCUUGUAUAUGUCGUGCAAGUCCUUGUAAAACCACCUUGGUCUCCUCAAGUGCCAUUUCCAGCAUCCUCAUUUCUUCUUUCACAUUCUCCGACCACAAGGUCCAAGACUUUAAUCUUUUCCGACAAAGGCUCUUCUACUACCGAAUUUACAUUAUAUGCACCUUUAUGCUCAUCCGUAAAAAGCAUUCCCUUAAGCGUUUUAGUAUUUUCAAGAUCAUUCCACGGCCCUUUAUCGCUAAAAAGGCAACCCCCAAAUUCAGAACACAUGCAUUCACCACCCAAGAAACUCGGCAGUGUCCGUGCGUCAAGAAAAGCCUUGAUGGCCUUCCAGAGCACCUUAAACCCAGACCCUGCAUUUAUAAUGAAAAGUCGAUGCAGAGUCUCGGGGGUUACAGAACUAGGUCGAGAACCAGUUUUAUAUUCUGGCCAUUGGGCGGGCUCCCGAAUGAUUUCGGGCUCUUGAAUGGGCUGGACAGCAUUGACAUGAAACUUCGGAGUGAUUUUUGUCGAUCUUUAAAUGGAGGUAGUUGCAUGAGAGCCUCGGCAGGAGGAUUUGAAGAUUUCGCCUUUUGUUUAUUGUAUCUCGGGCCUCCAAAGCCCGUCGAAAUAAGUAUUUCUUUUAAUGAAUCUUUUGGGUUCUGCAUGUGUAAUUACAACAGAUGCAGGUUGAGAAGGCAAUAUGGACAGGGGGAAAUGGAGGAUACAAAUGGUGAAAUUAAAUGGGAAAAUAAGGCAUAA